AUGUCUAAACUCCUACAAGGCAUUGUCACUGUCAUUGAUGUUUUCUACCAAUAUACCACCCAACAUGGGGACUGUGACACGUUAAACAAGGCAGAGCUGAAAGAACUCUUGGAAAAUGAGUUUCACCAAAUUCUGAAGAAUCCAAAUGAUCCAGACACUGUAGAUAUCAUCAUGCAAAGUCUGGAUCAAGACCACAACAACAAAGUGGAUUUUACUGAAUAUCUUCUGAUGAUAUUCAAGCUGACUAAGGCUUGUAAUAAAAUCAUUGGCAAAGAUUACUGCCAAGCUUCAGGGUCGAAGCAGAGAGAUCACAGUCACCAGCACCAAGAGGAACAGAGUGAAACAGAAGAAGAGAAAGACAAAUGGCAAGAAUCCUCUUCCAAUUAUUCAAGUUCAAGUGCAGAAGAGAAUGAUUCCUAUUCCAAGAGCUCUAGAGGAAACAUUAAACACAGGCCUAGGUUCACAUCCAGAAAAUUGAAGGAACAAGGAAUUUUGUCUAAUUCUGGGCACUGGCAAAGCUCUGGGGAAAGGAAAGAGUCAAGUUCAAGCCACUUUGAGCACAGUGAAAACAAUAAGCAUGGUACUCAUCAGCAAGAAAGAGCCAACCCAAAAGAAUUUUUAGGGAAUAAACAACAUAAUAAGAAAUCAGGCCUGUCCUCUGGUAGGAAGUAUCAUGGAUUCAGCUCAGGGAGUUAUGAAGGACAAGACUACGGGUCAAACUCAAAUGACCAUUCUGGUUAUGCUAAUGAGUCUAGCUCAGGCCAGCCCUCUCAACAGAGAUGGCAUGAACCAAAUGUAGAAUCUCAAUCAGGUAACUGUGAAGAACAAGGAUACUAUUCCAGUUCAAGUGAGUCUUCCAGUUAUGGAAAAUAUAGGUCAAGCUCAGGUCAUCCCCCUAGUAAAAGAAGACAUACAUCCAGCUCAAGUGAGUCAAGGAGUUGGGAAAAACAAAAUCAGGGAUCUAGCUCAGGCAAGUCAUCAAGUUGUGAACAAGAUGGAUCUGAUUUAGAUCAGUCAUCACGAUAUGAACAACAGGGCUCUAGCUUUAGUCAUUCUUCUAGUCAAAGGCAACCUAGAUCAAGCUCAAGUGGUAUAUCAGAAUACAGGCAACAAGAAAAAUAUGGUUCUGGAUCAAGACAGUCCUCAAGCAAUGAAGAAUAUAGGUCUGCAUCAGGCAAGUCCAUAAGCAGUGACAAAAAUCGAUCAAGCUCCUAUCGGUCCUCUACUCAGAGAAAACACAGAAGCAGCUAUACUCAUUCAUCAGAAAGUGACAGAAGACAAAAGCAUGGCUCUGGCACAGGUCAGACCUCUGUCUUUGGUCACGAGAGGUCUCGCUUGGGAAAGCAUACUAGCCACGGUCACCUAGAGACUGGAUCUGGAGAGUCUUCUGACUAUGAACAAUGUGGCUCUGGAUCAGGCCAAUCCUCUAAUUAUGGAAAAUAUGGAAGUGGCUCAAGCCUAUGUUCUAGUCAGAAACACCAUGAGUCUACCUCAGGUCAAUCUGUUAGUUACGGUCAGCAUGGUUGUGGGUCAAGUGAGUCUUCUGGUUCUGCUCAACAACAGUCUGCAUCUGGAGAGUCUUCUGCAUUUAAUCAACAUGGAACUGGCUUAGGCCAGUCCUCUAGUAGUGGACAACAUGGCUCAUACUCAGGUCAGUCAUCAAGCAGUGAACAACAUGGGUCCAGCUCAGCUCAGUCUCCCAGCUAUGGCCAGCACAGAUCUGGAUCAAGAAAAUCUUCUAGGCAGAGGCACCACAGUUCUGGUUCAGGAGGGUCUUCAAGUUUUGGACAAGGAUCCAGUUCAGGAGAGUCCUCUAGCUUCAGUCACCAUGGAACUGGCUUAGAGCAGUCCUCCAGUAGUGGACAACAUGGCUCAUACUCAGGACAGUCAUCCACCUGUGGCCAACAUGGGUCCAGCUCAGGUCAGUCUACCAGCUAUGGACAGCAUGGGUCUGGGUUAAGUCAGUCUUCCAGCUAUGGCCAGCACAGAUCUGGAUCAAGUCAAACUUCUAGGCAGAGGCACCACAGUUCUGGUUCAAGAGGGUCUUCAAAUUUUGGACAAGGGUCUGGUUCAGGAGAGUCCUCUAGCUUUAGUCACCAUGGAACUGGCUUAGGCCAGUCCUCUAGUAGUGGACAACAUGGCUCAUACUCAGGACAGUCAUCCAGCUGUGGCCAACAUGGGUCCAGCUUAGGUCAGUCUGCCAGCUAUGGACAGCAUGGGUCUGGGUUAAGUCAGUCUUCCAGCUGUGGCCAGCACAGAUCUGGAUCAAGCCAAACUUCUAGGCAGAGGCACCACAGUUCUGGUUCAGGAGGGUGUUCAAGUGUUGGACAAGGGUCUGGCUCAGGAGAGUCUUCUGGCAUUAGUCACCAUGGAACUGGCUUAGGUCAGUCCUCUAGUAGUGGACAGCAUGGCUCAUACUCAGGACAGUCAUCCAGCUGUGGCCAACAUGGAUCCAGCUCAGGUCAGUCUGCCAGCUAUGGACAGCAUGGGUCUGGGUUAAGUCAGUCUUCCAGCUGUGGCCAGCACAUAUCUGGAUCACGUCAAACUUCUAGGCAGAGGCACCACAGUUCUGGUUCAGGAGGGUCUUCACAUUUUGGACAAGGGUCUGGUUCAGGAGAGUCCUCUAGCUUUAGUCACCAUGGAACUGGCUUAGGCCAGUCCUCUAGUAAUGGAGAACAUGGCUCAUACUCAGGACAGUCAUCCAGCUGUUGCCAACAUGGCUCUAGCUCAGGACAGUCUUCCAGUUAUGGUCAGCAUAGAUCUGGUUUAAGUCAGUCUUCUAGCUAUGGACAACACACAGCUGAAUCUGGCCAGUCUUCUAUUCACAGGCAACAUGGGCCUGGUUCAAUAGAGUCUUCUGGUUUUGGUCAACCCAGGUCUGGCUCAGGUCAGUCUUCUAGCUUUCAGCAUGGGUCUGGAUCAAGUCAAUCUUCCAGUUUGGGGCAACAAAGAUCUGGCUCAGGAGAAUUUUCUGGCUUUGGUCAACAUGAAUCUUGUUCAGGAGGUUCUUCUGGCUUUAGUCAGAAUAGAUCUGGCUUAGAUCAAACUUCUGGCUAUGGACAACAGGGUUCAAUAUCAGGACAGUCAUCAUGCCAUGACCAACCUUGGUCCAGCUCAAGUCAAUCUUCCCACUAUGGUCAACAUGGGUAUGGUUCAAAUCAGUCUUCUAACUCUGGCCAGCAGAGAUCUGCCUCAAGUCAUUAUUCUAGCCACAGCCAAUUUGGAUCUGGCUCAGCCGCUGACCUGACAGGUGUGCCACCAGGCCGGGCAUCAGAUACCAUUUUAAGCAACUUCGUGGUGGGUGUCCUUGUUUUUGCGAAUCCUCGAGGCGCGGUGGGAACGCUGUCCGGGGAGCCGGGCCUGGCGCGGGGAGACCCCCGAAACCCCCCUCAGGAGACUCCGCCAGGCUUCAGCCUACUGACCUCCCAGGAACGACCUCGAUGA